CCUACACACUGCUGCGUUUGUGUUUGUAGUUCGUGGAUCAAGUUGUGCCGCUCAAUGCUUCAAACCAAAGGGAGAGGCGAGGAGUGCAGAUCGGUGGGCUCAACUUCAAACAUCUUGCAGACCACUAUCGUGCUUGCAGGAGGUCUCUGCAAAGCUCCGCUGCAAUGAUCCCAUUUGACACAGCAGAGAAGAAGGUAACAGCUGGGGCGUGGUUUGGUAUCUCACUGAAUUAUCUUCUAGCAGGCUCCAACAAACACCACAAAGACUUGUUUAGCAGCUGUUGAUGUCUGCAACUAUAAAAUGAACCAAACGUGGAUUCUGGUGAUUCUGGUGUUUUGUCAAAAAAUGACUUCAGGAGCUGGUGAAGAAAUGACGGUGAAGGAAGGGCAGCCGGUUGAACUCAAGUGUAGGCCUAGUGUAGAGGCCAGCAUGAUCGUCUGGUUUCGAGUUCUUGACAAUGGCAUAGAAUUCAUUGCAUCUUUCAGCAGAGAGGGAUUCCCAAAGUCACCCGUGGCCUCCUUCCCCUCCACUUUCAGUCACUCAAGUAUUCGUAAUGAUAUCUUAAAGCUGAAGUCGUUCAACAAAGCUCGUGACAGCGGUAUUUACAGCUGUGGGUCUCUCGUUAAAGGGAAUGAAAUGCAAUUUGGCAAAGUAAUCCGACUGGUUGGAGAAAAAGUUGAAGUCGCUUUAAAAGCACCACAGACCACCAUCACUGCGCCAACUCAAAGCACAACUGCCACACCAUGCGUUUGUAACAAGAUUGAGGAUAACAAGCAAGGGGAAACCAGUCCUCAAAUGUUCUGUUCUCCAAUCAUACUGGGCUCAAUGGCCGCCAGCUGUGGCCUUCUUCUUCUGCUCCUAAUCAUCGCCAUCCUGUACUGCAACCGAAUAAGAACACGGAGAUGCCCACACCAUUACAAACGAAAACCGCAGAUGGCUCCUGGAAAACAAAUGAUGACCAACAGACACGUUUAACUUAAAUGGUGUCAUUUCAGGUCAUUUCUCCAAACAGCAACUAUUGUACAGUGUUGUGUUGCUGUUGCAGAUGAUUUUAAUCCCAUUUACAGUUUAAUGACAUUCAUGGUGAAUAUUUUGCUGCCAACUUAAAAAGUUUUGAUUGUAACAGAAGCUAUAAAAACUUUUUAAAGUGCUUCAAGGAUUCAAUGUAUCAAAUACUUUCAAAGAUCAACAUCCAGUUUUAACUGCAUUGCGGUUGACGAACGGUUACGCUGCGCCAUCACAUUUAGACUCAACUCUUUUAAUGAAAUAACAUGAAAUGUCAAUUUAUCCAAUCCUAAUAAAUGUUGAUUGUAAUAGAAACCACUGAAGUCCUGAGAAUAUUAGAAGUGAGCACUCUGAUUAACAUUGAUUUUGAAAUAAUUAUGUUAAAAUUGUGUAUAGUUCAUUUUGCUUUUGUACUGAGCCAAAUAUAUUUCUUAAAUGUUAUUGUACUGUCUGUUAGUUCUGCUAUUUCAAGAUUUUCAAGAAGAACUUCACUUUCCUUUUGCUUGUAAAAAAAAAUAAAAUGAUGAUUUAGAAUAA